ACACACCACACACACACACACACACACGCGCACACACAUACACACAGCGCUCAGUCGCUGAAGUUCAAAAGACAGAAACGGAAAAUUUUACAGCUACAAAACUCUUUCUUCAGGAUGAUCUUGCCGAUUUUUCUCGCUCUUCUUUGGACCUGUCCUGGAUCUGCGUCUAAAUUCAACACAAAUAUAAAGUGUGUGGUGAUUAAUCUGGAGUAUGUAAACUGCACGUGGGACGAAGACGGGCUUCCUCAGGAGAAUUACACUUUCAGAAGCAGAUAUGAAGUGGGUAAUGAGGCUGAAUGCCCGACAUACCUAAAGGUCAAUGAUCUCAACGUGGGCUGCAGAGUUUCAUACAGCGAAGAGAAGCUGAACAGAUUUGAUGUCCUGCACGCUCAGCUGUACAGCGCUAACGGCAGUGUAGUGGCUGAACAUCGCCGUAACCUCAUUGACAUGGUGAAGCUGGAUCCUCCGUAUGACCUCAAGGUGGAGAUAAAGGACCCUGAGCUUUGGCUUUACUGGAAAAGCAGCAGUAAAACCAAACUGACCUGUAAACGUAGUCAAGUUCGGUACAAGAUCAACCACAAAGACUGGCAGCUUCAGAGCGAAAGCCCUGAGAGGAACUCCUUCACUCUGCCGUUCCCGAGCGCUCAGAGCCGGUACGAGUUCCAGGUGAGGGUGCGGAUGUCUGAUGUCUGCGGCAACUCUGAGAUUUGGAGCGCCUGGAGCGAGUCGGUGUACUGGGGCUCCAUGAAGGACGUCAACGACACAGGAUUUCAUAAUGUGUCAGAUGUUUUCAGUGGUGACCGGUCUGGACUGCAGGCAGAGACGCGCUCCGGUUCUUCGGCCGCUCUGAUGGUUCUGUACACGGCCGGAGCUGCUGUGGUCCUCAUCAUACUGUCCUGUCUGCUUGUCCACAGCGAGAGGCUGAGGGUCAUCCUCGUCCCCGUGGUCCCCAACGCCGGCAAAAACUUUGCAGAACUUCUUGACAACUAUGACGGAAAUGUGGAGAACUGGCUGAGCAUCUCCAAAGAGCUGCAGGACGGAUUUAAGCCCAACUUCACCGAGCGCACCUGUCCAGUUCGGGAGUACAGGCUGGUUUCUCAGAGCAGCUCUGACAGCGACAACUCUCUGUCCAGCCUGACCGACGUUUCCACCGAUUACCAGCCCAUGCACAGCUACUCCUCCGCCUCCACCCUGCCGGCCCCAGCCGAGACCACCCAGGCCACGCCCGCCGCCCCCAGCGUGCUGUAACCCUGCAGCCCGCGUCGCAACAGCUGAUCACUGCAAAUAAAUCACUCACUUAAUACGCAAAACAUGAGGAAUCAAAUAUAGCAGAGGCCGAAAGAUGACAGGAGACUGGACGGAUGGCCUUUUCUCAGCGCAGGUGGAGCCGCUGACAUCAGAGCGAAUCGCUUCACUGCUCGUGAUGAGGGUGAGCGAUACGGCAAGGAUUUAACAUGGUGAUACUUUUGGCGAUGCACAUAUCAUGAUAGCUCUUUUUUCUGUUUUUUUCUGAAGUUGGACAAAAUGGUGAAAAAACAUGAAUUAAAGAAAGAAACCAUUUAAGAAGGAAAAAAGAAAUAGAAUAAUAAAAAAAUAAAAGAACAAAAAAAUAUAUAAAUACAUCAGUUUAUUGAUAUAAUGGGCAGCUAUUCAAUCAGCUACGUUAUUUUGCAGUUUAUACAGUUAUCUUAUAAAGUACAGGAUCUUUAUAAUUGGUCUAAAUCUGUCUUUAUGAUCUAUACGUUUAUUUACUGUAUUUAAUUAACAUGAUGCUUUUUAUAUCAUGACAUUUCUUUUUUGUGAUGUGUGAAGUUGAAAAAAAUGCUGGAAAAACAUUUAAGAAUGAAAAAGAGGAACAUCUAUCUAUGUAGCUAUCUAUAUAUACAUACGUGUGUGUGUGUGUGUGUGUGUGUCAUAAUGGGCAGCUAUCCAAUGUUACUUUGCUAUUUGUACAGUUACUCUAUGCUGGUUGUUGUUUACCGUUUACAGGCUCUUCAUGAUUGUUCUAAAUCUGUCUUUAUGAUGCAAGCAUUUUUUAUCAUAAUGCUUUUUUCAUAAUGCACAUAAUCAUAAUAUUUCUUUUUUUCUGAUGCUGGCCAAAAUAUUUAGAAUGAAAAAUGGAAAAAGGGAACAGUAUAUAUCCAGUUUGCACAGUCACUCUAUGCUGGUUGUUGUUUACAGUUAACCAUUACAUACUCAGAAAAGAGUAUUGUGAUGAAUUUAUCUCAAUAACAGUAUCAUACUGUCAUAUCGUCCAGCUCUAGUUUGUGCAAUAAGAAGACAUUAGAGAAUAUUUUAGUCUGAGGGAGUUUCAUCCACUGAUUACUGUCCAGAGUACAAUCAGAGUGAGAGUUUACAUUCACUGAAAACCCCAUUACUGAUUUUCUGUUGAACUCUUUAUAUGAAUUUUGCGUAUGGAUGAAAAAGCCAGGAACUCAAAAACUGAGUAUCGCUAAAGAAUAAAUGUUUUUCUGCUGGACGAGCUGGACAGUGAUGGAUUUCUCAAAUAAGUGUCGACAGCAAGAAUGAAAGUUGCUUGUUUAGUACUGUUUGCCCUGGUGGUCUUCACAGGGGUUUCGUUGGGCAACAGCAAAUUCAGCCCUCAUUAAACUACCACUGCCCGCUCCGCUCUGUCCAGCAUCUCUGAACGGUCAGGGCUGCAGCCGAGUCCAGCUGACUGAGGCCUACAAAUAACAGCAGUUAAUGGAAAGGUUACAUUUUAUUUGAACGGCCCCUUAUAGAUGAUCUACACGUACUUAAUGUUUGUGUAAGUUUAGGGUUGAAGUUAAAGGGGGACUCCACCUUUUUUCCAAAAUUCCUCCAUAACUCAGUGUGUGAGAUGUAAACAGAGUGGUUCAGAUUGGUUUGGUGUGAAAUGGUUCAGAUGUCUUUACAGUGG